AUGGACGACGAAGCUCGACAAGCACUCGCCAACAUGGCUAUGCCUAGGCGGCCGAUCAACUUCGUCCCAGCAAAGUCGGGCGAAAUCCUGAAGCUGGGCCACAUAACCUGCAGGGUCAUGGAAGAUGGUUCGCGGACCGACAACCGUAUCGGAAGUGCCGAAUUCACCGUGCCAGCCGGAACCGCUGGUCCUCCUGCGCAUUGGCACGAAAUGCACGACGAGACAUUUCUUGUCACGCAGGGCACCAUACGCUUCCACGCGCCUGACAAUACCAUCGUUGAUGCCAAAGCAGGCGACUACGUUACGGUACCCAUCCGCGCGCCGCACACCUUCUCGAAUCCCUUCCAUGUUGAGGCCAAGUUCUUCAACACAUUUACCCCUGCGUUUUACAUCGACUACUUCAAGAUUUUGGCCGAGGUCAGUAAGAGUGAUACGAAAAUGAGCAAGGAGAAGAAUCUGGAAGUCAUGGCGAGGUUUGCGACAAUGCCAGCGAAGCCGCUCAUGGACGAGGUUGCGAGGCAGAAAUAG